GCGCUAGGUCAUAAUUUUAAAAAUACAACAAAUUUUCUUAAUACUAUAUACCUUUUAAAACAAGGUGGUGGGUAAUAAGUGGGGAAGAAGAAUGUUUCUGUCUCUUCCUACAUUGACUGUUCUUAUUCCACUAGUCUCUUUAGCAGGACUGUUCUACUCAGCCUCUGUGGAAGAAAACUUCCCACAGGGCUGCACUAGCACAACCAGCCUUUGCUUUUACAGUCUCCUCUUGCCGAUUACCAUACCAGUGUAUGUGUUCUUCCAUCUUUGGACUUGGAUGGGUAUUAAACUCUUUAGACAUAAUUAAUGCAACCAGAGUCAAGAGCAUAUGUGUAUUAGUGAUAUGUCUUGGGCACCGAUCUCUGAAAGCUCGACUAGAGGGAAAUACUGGAGACCCAUUUAGUUUGCAGGAAAGAUGCUUUGCCUUCCUUAUGUCAGGCUUAGGACUAUGGGAAGCUUAAGCUGCAGAAGCUUCUUUUAUUGUACUCUUGUUCUGCCCUUGUUUUUUGAAGGUUCUGAUUUAUAACUGCUGUAUCAGAAGAAACGUUUUGGUGAAGUUCUUUGGAGAUUAACACCCCAAAUCAUCAUCUUAUGACUAUUAUCCCAUUCAUCUAAAAGUCAAACGUUAGGGAUGACUGAAAUAAUUCCAAAGGAGCUAUGUUGGAAUAGUUGUAGAGAAAUGAGUUUGAACUAGUGUGAUAUAAAACCAUAUAAUAAAAUGGAAAUUUCAUGUACUUACAAAAAUGCUGAGCUUGUAAAAUUACCUUUCAUUUUCUUUGGCAUCAAAUGCUUACAUUAAUAAUAAAAUAAGAUGUUGACACUUUCCCAUUAAAAGUAA